AUGCUCGAGGUCAUCGCGCCGACACGUACGCCUACUUCGAGACAACCACCGGCCUGCGGCCGUGGUCGAAGUACCACUACCAAGCAGUCGAGCUUCUUCCGACUGCCCCCCGAACUUCGCCUGAAGAUCUAUGAAUACGCUCUCGCCGUACCAAAUGAAUACACCGACCGUCCGCUGAUUGUGGUCAACGACCGCGGGAACACCUUUACUUCCCGCGGACAGUACCGCGCGCUGUCCAUGUGUCCCAGCUGGGUCGGUCAAGACGGCACCGCACGCAGCCUGCUCUCCGUCAACCGCCAGAUUCACGACGAGGCGGAGGACUUCCUCUACUCGCGCAACACCCUCUUCUUCCUGAACUCGUUCGAUCUCAACCGCCUAGGCGCCUUCCUCGACACGCUGAGCGCCACGGCCCGUAGCCGCAUCCGCAGCGUCGGCUUCGAGAUCUGCUUCUUCGUGCAUUCGCAGACGGGCGUGCCCAAGCGCACGUUCAAGGAGUACGAGCGCGCCGCCCGUCUGCUGGCGGAGAAGCUGCCGCGAUGGUCGAGCGUCUUCUUCUACCUCGCCCCGAGGUUCUAUUACCCGUCUGCCUGUGUCGGCGGCCGGGAGCUCUCUGCCCGCGGCGUCCUGUAUCUGGCGACGGUGUUUGGGGCGCUGCGGAAGGAUAUGCAUUUCUUUCCCUUGCCGUCGAUGCAUCGCCAUAUCAUGGAUGAGGCGCAACGGUUGGUCGGGAAGGGGAGCCGCUCGUCACUGGGACGUUCGUCCCUAUAG